CGUCCCCUCAACCCUCGCCCUGACCCUCCCGGCCUCCGACUUCCCCCCAACCCUGCUUGCUUCGCCACUGCCCCUGUUCCCCUUUUCUUCCCUCGCUAGUUACCCCUCCCCGCCUCGUAAUUCCCGAUGCAAUUGCCUCUUUGAGACCUUUUUUUUUUUUUUCCUCUCCUUCCUUUUAGAUUGGCCAACGGCUCGUUUCCACCCUGCCUCGUUGGUGGCCACUGGAGAAGCGCGGGGGGCUCCCCAGGCAGCCGUAGGGACAAAUUAGAGCCAGCACUUGGCCCCGGGCCUCGCGUGUAGCUUCCCGUCCCCUGCUCUAGUUGCCCCGGUGUCCGGAGGGGGGUGCGGGGGCGGGGGUGUGCCCUCCGUAUAUGUCCCACCACCCGGGCCACCCUCGGGGCUUGUGUUCCAUCUCGCUCUCGCUUCCUGCACGGUGGUCGUGGGGAGCCACUUUGCAUCAUGUCCCGGUAUAGCUACCAAAGUCUCCUGGACUGGCUCUAUGGGGGCGUGGACCCCAGCUUUGCGGGCAAUGGGGGCCCCGACUGUGCUGCCUUCCUCUCUUGGCAGCAGCGGCUGCUGGAAAGUGUGGUGGUCCUGACCCUGGCCCUGUUGGAGAUCCUGGUGGCCCUGCGGCACAUCCUGAGGCAGACGAAGGAGGACGGUAGGGGUGGCGGUGGCUGCCAGCCAGAGCAGGUGACCCAGCGGCCAGAGGAAGGCAAAGAGAGCCUGAGCAAGAAUCUGCUCUUAGUAGCCUUGUGCCUGACCUUCGGGGUGGAGGUGGGCUUUAAGUUCGCCACCAAGACCGUCAUCUACCUGCUCAACCCCUGUCACCUGGUCACCAUGAUGCAUCUUGGUGCAGGGCUUUGCAGACAGAUCUGGAUUUGAAGCUAAUUUCUGUCACUCCUGAGCUCUGUGCUUUAAGUAAGUCACCUAAUCACUGUCUCAUUUGUAGAAUGGUGCUAAGAAUUCUAUUUGUCUCAUUAGAUUACAGAAAAAAUUUAAAUGAGUUAAUAUUGGUGAAGCCGUGAGAAAAGUGCGUGGAACAUAGUAGGUGCUCAAAGAAAUAUUAGUUACUCUCUAUCCCCUUCGCCCCCAAGAAGUGGAGGCAGUAACAAAUAACAGCCUUUCUUUGAAUAUCUCCAGAAACUCUCCUGGCAUUAGUCUGCCCUAAGGAGCUGAGGUUUGCCUUGUCUUUUGAUGAUGAAGAGUAACCAUCAAGAACAAUCAAGAACUCUGGAUUUUAUCCUCACAGAAAGCUUGAA